CACAAGAGAAUUUUCCUUCGUGUUACUUGGGGAAAGACUCCCAUUGUGUCACAUGGGGGUUGACCAAGACCACGAAGCCUCGGAGACCUUGCAACAAACCAGAUUUAAUCCUUGUCUGAUAUAGAAAUGCCCUGGCAGUUGCACUGGCAUUGCCGGAUCUCUUGGGAACAGCAGCAAUUAAUUUUAACCUUGGGAAAUUGGGCAACAAUUUUUAUUUUUAAGAGCAGUUUUGCUUCCAUGUGAGCAUCCAAAGACAGAAAUUGUCAUCAUUUGGAAUAAAGAUGGCAAGCAAGAAGAGUCUUGAAAGGGCUUGUUUGGUGAAAGACAGGGACACCAAGAGGUACUCCUUAACCCUGAACAGCAAUGGUCUAAUACACAGUAAUUCAGAGCAAGAGAACCACCAUGAAGAACCAGUAGACACUGGGAUCCAUGCGGUGCAUCAUUGUCACAGCUAUUCAAAGGGCUAUGAGAGGAGAAAGAGGGAGCAGCAUGAAGCCAGGCUGAGGCUCUAUGUGGCAACAGUAAUCUGCAUUAUCAUCAUGGUUGCUGAAAUCAUAGGUGGCCACAUUGCAGGGAGCUUGGCUGUGAUCACAGAUGCAGCCCACGUCUUGGUUGACCUGAUGAGUUUCCUGAUCAGCAUCUUUUCUCUGUGGCUGUCAUCAAAACCUCCCAGUAAAAGAUUAACAUAUGGAUGGCACAGAGCAGAAAUUCUUGGAGCUCUCUUCUCCAUGAUCAUCAUUUGGGUGGUGACUGGUGUAUUGAUGUAUUUAGCUGUCUUGAGGCUUCUGCACCCCCAUUAUGAAAUUGAAGCUACAGUUAUGCUCAUCACCUCUGGUUGUGCUGUGAUAGCCAACAUUAUAUUAAGUCUAAUGCUGCACCACAAAGGGGAUGGAAAUCUUUACAAUGUUCAUCAGUCAAGUGAUGGUAGAUCAGACCCUGAACACACAUUGGCCUCAUCCAAUGCCAGUGUGAGAGCCGCUUUCAUCCAUGCUGUUGGAGAUCUGUUUCAGAGCAUUAGUGUGCUAAUUAGUGCACUAAUAAUCUUCCUUAAGCCAGAAUAUAAAAUGGCUGACCCAAUCUGCACAUUUGUAUUUUCCGUACUUGUUCUUGGAACCACUUGUUCUAUGUUACGAGACAUUUUACUUGUGCUGAUGGAAGGGACACCAAAAGGAAUGAGCUACAAAAUGAUAAAAGAGAGAAUCCUAGCCGUGGACAAAGUAGAGUCUGUCCACAGUCUUCAUAUUUGGUCUUUAACAAUGAACCAGCCAGUCCUAUCAGCUCAUAUUGUCACAGCAGAUACCACAAACAAACAACAGAUUUUAAAUGAAAUUACUGAACUUCUGGUCAACACAUAUAAUUUCUACAUCAUCACACUUCAAAUUGAACCCAAAGCCGAUCAGCAACCAGACUGUGUCUUCUGUCAAGAUCCAAGUGAUUGACACUUAUAUCAGAUUGUAUUAAUUAUCACCUCUAGACUGGACUAGUUUCUAUUUAGCACAAAUGGAUGAAGAGAGCCUGCUAAGCCCAAACACUAACUGGACUGAAAAUAAGGAAGCUUCAAACAUGUUACAGGAUACACAGUUGUAUUAUUUGCUGUUGUGGAGACUGCUGCAUUCAAGGAUAUAGAGGACAGUUUGGAAAACAGGUAGACUACAGAAUGUCCUAUCUAUUCUGUUUGUUCAUUCAUUAGUACAGUUUUGCAGAGGAAGAAUAAUCAACUUGAAAAUUCACACUUAAAUAUGUAUUUCAACAUGGAUAUUAAAAUUUGUCUUCAACCA